GGAUAAUAACUCGGUUGUUUACAUCCCAAACCCGUUGUGAAAAUGUCGUACGCCGAUCUGAGUGUGUUAAAUUGCGACAGGAAAACAUUACUGGAAAAAGUUGGCGUGGCAGUAAAACUUGGAUAUGAAGUUAUUGCGUUAGACAUCGUCCAUACACCGUCAAAGAAUGCUACAAAAAAGAAGAAAAAGCAAAAAGAUUCCAAUCCACAGGCUAGCGAGGGAGUGAUAAAAGCAAGCACAUUGAAACUGACAGAGGAUGAAUUAAAAGAUCUCCAAAUUGACAGCAAACGAGUAAAGAUUCUGAGCCGGGUGACGUUGAAUGUCACAGAUAGUGAACAGCUGCAGUAUCUGAUGUCACCCGAGGUACAGGAGUAUGACAUUGUAGCUGUUCGACCCACAUCAUCCGAUAUUUUCACUAAAGUUACAAAAUACAUCAACUUAGACAUCAUUCAACUGGAAAUGGAUAAAAAUGUUAAAAUCAUCACACCUGGAGGCCUGAGUGAAGGAAUACAAAAGGGGAUUCAUUUUGAGAUUCAGUAUGGCCCCGCUCUCCGGGACAGCUCUGUCAAGAAAUAUCUCAUUUCUAACUCACAGCUGCUUGCCAGUUUUAGCAAAUCAAAGAACAUCAUUAUUUCCAGUGGAGCUGAGAGAGCAAUAGAGCUGAGAGGACCCCAUGAUGUUGCAAAUUUAGGCCUACUGUUUGGACUGAAUGAGGCUCAGGCCAAGAACUGUGUCAGCAGGAGCUGUAGAAGUGUGCUACUACAUGCAGAAGAAAGACGAGCCUUGAAAGCUACAAUAGCCCUAUCAUCAGGUGACCUUCCGGACGAUCAGAAGUGGGUCAAAGACAAACUGAGUGAGGUCCACUCCCAGGAUACAACUGGAGAAUCCUCCCCAAAGAAAAGGAAGCUUGAGUGAAUGUCGGAUUUGAAACUUUAAGAUGUUGAGUUGUUACUUGUGUCAUUUCAUGAUUUUUUUUGUCAUUAAAGUUAGAUUACUCAU